UUUAAAAAUUGUUUAACUUUUAGUUUUAAAGAAACUUUACACUAGUAUAUAUUUUUUCAAAUUCAAGAGUACAAAGAAAAGGAUAUUUUAUAUGAAAGAGGCAUUUUUUUUGAGCUCCAUAGUUAUGGCUAUGACAGAAAAUGAAAAAGUCCGGGCUACCAAAUCUAAUGAAGAUCUUGUAACAUCAACACUUUCAGAAAUAUUUGAUAAUGAUGAAGAAAAGGCAGAAAGUUUUGAUCAGUUUGAAUCUAAUAUUCAUGUAAAUGGCAUUAUGAAGUGGAAAGAAAUAUUAAAGUCAGAUGUAAUUACUCAAGAUCAGUCAAACAUGGAUGUGGCUAGCACUGAAUCAAUCUCUAAUGUUAAUGGAUAUGUAGCUAACUUUAGUAAUUCAGAAGAAAUGAUUGAUAAGGAAGAAAAAGCUAUUUCAAAAAGUCCAGAUGGUCGUUUUUUAAAAUUUGAUGAAGAAAUUGGUCGUGGUUCUUUUAAGACUGUUUAUAAAGGUCUUGACACAGAAACUGGUGUUGCUGUAGCAUGGUGUGAGUUGCAAGAUAGAAAGUUGAGUAAAACAGAAAGAAUACGGUUUAAAGAAGAAGCAGACAUGCUUAAAACUCUUCAACAUCCAAAUAUUGUUCGUUUUCAUGACUAUUGGGAAAACAGCUUGGUAAAAAAUGGUAUUCGAGAGCGUGAGGUCAUACUUGUAACUGAGUUAAUGACAUCAGGAACAUUAAAAAUGUAUAUUCGUCGUUUCAAAGUUGUGCGAGAAAAGAUUUUUGUAAAUUGGUGCCGCCAAAUAUUAAGUGGAUUAAACUUUAUGCACACUCGCACACCUGCUAUUAUUCAUAGAGACCUAAAAUGUGACAAUAUUUUUAUUACUGGAACUACAGGAUUACUGAAGCUUGGAGAUUUAGGGCUAGCAACUUUUAAAAAAGCUUCUUUUGUUAAAAGUGUUAUAGGUACACCAGAAUUUAUGGCUCCUGAAAUGUAUGAUGAGCAUUAUGAUGAAUCAGUUGAUGUUUAUGCUUUUGGUAUGUGCAUGUUAGAAAUGGCAUCAGGUGAAUAUCCUUAUAUGGAAUGCCAAAAUGCAGCACAGAUUUAUCGCAGAGUUACUUCAGGUGUUCCCCCUGAAUCUUUAGCUAAAGUAACAUCACCUGAAAUAAAAAAAGUUAUCAUUGACUGUACAAAAAAAGAAAGAACAGAAAGGUUAACUGUCAAAGAAUUACUAGAGCAUGAUCUUUUCCAAGCUGACCAUCUACGCGUAGAACUGGCUCGUCCUAUUAAUGAAAUUUUACAAGAGAAUUUACAAAUCAUACCUUUGAGGUUAAAAGGCAUUCGUGGAUUGAAACACAGUGAAGAUGAAGUUAUUGAAUUUGAUUAUGCUAUCAAUGAAGAUGAGCCUGAACUAGUUGUUCAAGAAAUGAUAAAAGCAAACCACAUUUUUGCUGACGAUUCACUCAAAGUUUGUAAAGCUAUUCAGAAGGUUUUUGACUUUUAUCAGCAGGAAAAAGAAAAAUGGGAACUAAGUGGUAAAGAUUCAGAUCAUAAGUUGGAAAAUAAACUCUUAAAGUCGGCUUCUUUUGAAAUCAAUGAAAAUAUGUUUGUACCAAUAGAAAAUAGUUUAUCAUCAACUUCAGUUGUUCAAAAUGAAACUGUUACCUCAGAAAAAAAUACUGGAGUUUUAACAAAAGAAAAUUCAACAACUCGAAUAGAAGCAGCAGUAAAUGACACACUUAAAGAGUUUUCAACAUUUAAGAUUGAAAACGAUAAGAAUUUAACUCCAGCAUUAAAUGAGCCAGGUGUAAAUAAUUGUCCAGAUGAUACAAAUUCAUCCCAUCUUGUUGAAGGUGUCCCAAUGCAAAAAGUUUUUAUGCGAUCAUUAUCAAAAAAAGAUUUUCAGCCUCAGCUUAACUUACAUAAAGUGAAAGACAAUUCACUUGUUGAGUGCUCAUUUGAAACCUAUAAAAAUGUUAGAAUCACAUUUGAGUUUGGGAUCAAAGAAGAUGCUCCUGAAGAUAUUGCUGAAAAAAUGAUUGAACAUGGGCAUUUACUUGAAAUGAACAAGUUGUAUUUUACCACCGCUCUAAAAAAUAUUGUGGCUUCUGUAGAUAAAGGAGAUUACGUGCUGACGCAUAGUCCAGAUGAUGAAAUAAAAUCUUCUGUUAAAGUAAAUAGUGAAUUUACUGAUGGCUUUACUUCUACAACCCUCAACCCUCCAAUUACUCAAUGUUCAGACCAAAAUUUAUCUAUUUUGUUGCCUAUGGAGAAUUUAUCAAACAACAACGUUAAAAAAGAUUCAGUUGACCAAUCACUAGUAGGGCAUUUAACAGAUUUAAAUAUUUCUUGUCCAAAAAAAUUAGAACCUCCUCGUGAGCUUAAUUUGCCAUUAAACUUUUUACCUGCUGAAAAAGUGAGCACACCAGUUGGCCGCUUUAAUGUAAUGCCCAUAAGCGGAUCAGUUACUGCUUUCAACUGUUCCGAUUCCAUUCAAGAAGUACGGCCUGGUAAUAUUUGCAGUAAUCUAGAAAUUGUUGCCAACACUCAGAAUAAUACACAACAGAAUAUAUUAGAUUCGGUUCAAAAAGUUGAUUCAAAUAUAUCUACAAAAUCAGAAAUAGAAUCUGUGAUCUGUGAUCCUGCAAUCAUCCCGUCUUCAUUAAAUCUCAAAGCAAUGUCCCAUUGUAGCAGUACAGUUUUGGAGUUUGAUCCAAUUUUAUCUAACAAUGUAACCUUUUCAUCUUCUGAAAAUCCAUCAUAUUUAGAAUCAUCCCAAGAACUACCAGUGUUUGACACAAAAAGUGUCAUUCCAAUGUGUUCCCCAAGUUCUGAAGUUCCUCCAAAUAAUAUGCAAAUUAGUUGCAGAGUUUCUGAAAAAUUGGAGAAUGAUAACCAUACCACCUGCUUCUCAAAUAUUUCAGUAAAUGAAGAACGAAAUGCUGCAGAAUCUUUGAGUCUUUUAAAAAGUAUUGCUGAAACAAAAGAGAGUCUUUUACCUUCUGAUAAUAACCAGGUUGCAAAAGUUGUUGACAACCAGAUUGUUGACACUUUAGAUUUGGUUAAUGCAAACAAAGAUUCUCAGUUAGCUUCAGUUGGUCGUUUUAAUAUUAUGCCAGUUAAGGUAUCGGCAACUGUUUCAACUGUACCUUGCAGUGUUGCAGUUUCUACAUCACAAAAUAUAAUUUUACCAAUUAUUGAUAGUUCACUAGAUACUUCAAAAUCUAAAGAAAAUAUUGUUGUGAUAUCAGAGGUUGCAACAGUAAUGCAACCUUCAGCAAUAUCUACUAACAACAGUGCAGUAUUGGAAUUUGAUCCCAUUUUUUCUCAAGACACAAACCUUAUUUCUAAUUUUAACCUGCCAGUUGAAAAUUCUACCUCUUUAGGCAUUCCAACAAACAAAGAUCCUCAGGUUAAAGAUAAUUGUUUGUUGCCAGAAGCCUCUAACCUCAUGUUACCAGAUGCUACUCAACAUAUGUUGCCAGAGGUUAAUCAUCCCAUAGAAAUACCUUCACCAUAUCAAGAGGAUAGCAACAAGAUGAUUUUUUCAUUUACUAAUAAAAAGGAGUUAGCUCGUGCUAAUCGGAAAGAUAAUAUUGCACAUAAUAUCCCUCAUGAAGUCAUUAAGCUUGUUUUACACUCAGACGAAUAUUACAAGUUAAAAUUAAAACACAAAAAAGAAAGUGCGGACCUACACAGGAAACAUAAUGAAGAGAUCGCUAGACUAAUAAUGUCAUUAAAGCAUCAAUAUGAUCAGUUUUUUUCAAAUCAGCUUGACAAUCUAGAGCAUCGAGGUCAUUUCGAUGAUGAAAUUAAAAAAGAAUUGAUCGAGCCAAGGACACAAAAUGAUGUAACAGAGCCAAACGAUAAUUUUAAUGCCGAACAUGGCGCCCAAGUUGACCAAAAUAAAUGUGUUAGUGAAAAAAAACCACCAGAAAACGAAAACAAUCGUCUUCAACAAAUGUAUAUGCAGCAAUUAGACUGUAUGACGAACUCAAAUAAAUGGAAAGAUAUGAACUUUAAGUCAAAUACUAGAUCAUCUAAACCAACUCUUAACGAACUUAAGAUGAAAAGUCAAGCUCAGCAUAUGAAUAAUCAGUUAUCAGAUUCUGCCAAUGAUUCUGCAUCUCGCGAAACCAAUAAUGUUGGAAACUCAUGUUUUAAUUCGAUGGCUGCGUUAAAUCUAGCUUCUGUUCUGCACUCUUUUGAGGUGAAAGAAAAACGGCAAAAGUCACAAACUCAACCUAUUGUACCAUCUUGGAAGGUAAGUUCAGAUAAUUGUUCCUCACUCGAAGCUGUUGCGAUGAAUGCUCAUAUUUCUAAAGAAACCAUAUUUAAACAGAAUACGGAAAAUUCUACUUAAAAGAUGAAAUGGCUGGCUCUUUUACAGAAUAUUACAUUUCUAAAUUUGAAGGUUUUUAAAAUAAUAUAGGCUUUUUAAUAUAGUCAUUUUCAAACAGUUAAAAAAGGUUUCAAUAUCCUUGUGUGCCAGUUUCUUAAAAAUGUUACUUUUCUUACCUCUUUUCAAACCCAUACUUUUCAAAGUCCAAUAGAAUCCUAUUGAUUUUAGAACCCUCGUUAAAAUGAAAAAAAAUUUAAAAAAUGUUUUGAUGCGAUUUAUUAUUAAAUAAUAUUUUUUUUUUUUAAUUUAUGUUAGAAAAUGAAGCAGGUUUCAAUUUUGUAUUUAUUUUAUUUAUCAUUUAGUUCAUUGUCUAAAAUUUUAAAGGAUUUUAUAGGGCUUUCCUACCUUAUAAAGCUGUUUAGUUAAAGAUAGUUAAUCUAACAGUUACACCAUUAGAAGCGACCAUUCGAUUAUUUUCGUAAAGGUAGUGUCCAUCCUAUUACAUUUUUGAUAGUUUAUUUUCUUGCAACAUUUCUAUAGUUUCAAUUGUGUUCCCUCAUGCCUAAAAUAUCAAAAAAAUUUAUUUAAAAAUUUACUUUAAAACAACAUUUGCCGCGUGUGUUGUUGCAUUUUCAAAAAAAAUUCUUUGUAAAUUUUCAUUUCUUAAAUUUUUUUAUACAGAUAUUUUGUAAUAAAAAUUUGUGACUUUUUGCGACAACGUCGCAUUGUGUGAAUUGUUGCGACAAAGUUGCAUUGAGUAAAACUCUUUGUUUCUAACUGAUUAUUUUUUCAAACGUUUUAAACAAUUUAAAAGGUUUGGAAAAAAUAGUUUAGCUCUUUGUUUUUUUUCUACUAAAGAUGAAAAUAGUUUUAAAUUUUUUUAUAAAUCGU